AUGAUCGCCAGCCUGGAGCUGUCGCGAUCGCUUCCGGAUUCGCGAGGCGAUCGGCGAUCCCGCGACGAUUUCGCAACUGCCGGCGGCGGCUCAUCCCCGUCCACUUCAGGCAACGUCCGCACCCUCAAGGUACUCGUUUUUUUGGAAUGAAUCAUAGAAAACUGAGAACUUUCAUUAAGUUAUAUUCAUUUUUUUGAGGCACUUUUUCAGAAAAAAAGAAAUCACCUGAAAAUACGAAAACAAUAAGGCUUUUGAAACCGGUCUAAAAAAUAGAAAAGAAAAAGAAAAGCGCGUUCUUCUAACAUUAGAGAAAGGCGUUUUUUUCAUAUAUAUUAACCAAUAAUAUAUAAAAUUUAACCAAUAAAAAGUGUAAAGAAAUUUCUUAAAGAUAUUCAUUUUUUUAUCUUCGAAGUUUCAGAAAGAUUUUUUUAAUUUGCUGAGUUCGGAAAGAAAAAAAGUUUCUUUAAAAAAAUUUCUGGUUUUUUUAAUCAAUUCAAAUCAUUAAUUUUUUUGAAAAAUCUCCAAUUUUUUUCUAUAAUUUUAAUAAUUUUUUUAUACGAUUUGUGACCAGAACUCUGAAACCGCUCAUCUUGCAAACUUUCCGAAAGGUCAUAUUCAUUUCGCCUUUUUUGAUUCAUGCGUAAAUAUUAGCCGUUCGAAACAGGGAGUGUCAAUUAUUCACCGUUCUUGGAACGCCCGUUAUCUUGGUUUCGUGCCAGCCGUCCUGGCGUCUCUAGUAGCACGUAGGGAAAAUUGCGAAAUAAAACGGGUUGAGUAACGAGCGAACGGCCUGCCGUUACUGUACCGACCUUGGGCGGUUCCGAGAUAACAUUGUUGCAUUGGACUAGAAUAAUUCAGUACUUAUUCCUUACUCUUUAGUCAGCACUUGGCCGAGCUUCGGGCCUCAUUUCAGUGAAGAGGCUUAACCAAAAAAGCAAGUGAAAAAGAACAAAAAAUUGAUUUUUGUGGUGAAAAAGCUUGAUAUUCGACUUGAAGAAAACUUGAGCUAUUUGUGCCGGAAUUUCGGUUGCUACCGUGCUCAAAAAAUGACCUGUGGCUGAUAGACGGGCCAACCCUCGCCCAAGCCCCAGAAGCAACAGAAUACAGAAGAACACAGAAACGAGUCUAAUCUUGUUCAUCAGAUUUUUAAUGUUUCAAAAAAGAUUACCACAUAUUUAGUAUUUACUGUGAAACUGCGUUUUAUCAAACCAAGGAAAGAAAUGACGUCAAACGUUUUGAAAAAAAAAUUAGCUUGCAAAUGCGCUCCAUCGACAGUUUACUUGUUUUUAAUUUUGUUAAUUAACUUGCUCUUCGAAAUAAUAAAACCCGAAUCUUAUUAUUUUUCACCAGGGACAAGAUAAAUAUUUUUCUGAUUAGUGACUCAUUUUGGCUUUUAGCAGUACUCGGCCGAAGAGAAGAUUGAAAUAAUCGAUUUCGCCAAAAUCAACGGAAAUCGGGCGGCCGGCCGCGAAUUUAAAGUCGCCGAGAGCAGCAUUCGCGAGUGGCGGAAAAACGAGGCCAAAUUGAGGUUUUUUAAGAUUUUGGUGGUUUCUGAAUAAUUCUCAUCGUACAGAUCGAAGCUCGGAGGAUCUAUUCAAAUUCAACGGGUUCCUCUUCCCAGCGCUGUCGCCGCUCCAGAGCCUUUGGUAGGCUUGGAAAAUUUCGGAAAAAAAGCCGUUUCAAAAUAAUCUUUCGAAAAAAAUGUACAGAACUAAGAAUAAAUUGUUGACGAGGCUUUCCGUCUUGUUAAGAAGUCUUUUCUCCAAAAAUUCUUUUUCCAGAACCCGAUGUCCUUCGAGCACAUCCGCCUGCAGUUGCCCCUCGACCUUUCCCACUACCUCUACCCCCGUCGGCCCGAACAAGACGCCAUGGUCGCCGCCAUGAUGUCAUCUCCAACCGUGACGUCAUCGCCGACGACGUCGCUUGUCGCGUCGACGCCGCCGUCGAACACAACCUCGACGUCGUCUUCUCCUUCGCUCUCCAUCGGAUCCGGUCGCCGGAAGACCCGAUUCCCCCGUAAAAUCGUCCCCGAUGAGGACUCUGUACGUGUAUGA